GCAACUUCCACCCAUCACCAACCUGAUGGAGUGACCCAGCUCACCGACGUACCACAGCCUUGCAGUCCAUCGCGUCCAUCGCACACACCAUCGGUCCAUCUAAGAACCUGGAAAUUAUCGUAUAGAUCAGUUCCAGGGACCCAGACUCCUCGGAUGGGCGGUGGUGCCGGGAGUUUCAAGGGCUAGGCAGGCUAUUGCCUCAGUCCGCAGCAUCGCGAAAACACCACAAAGGACGGGCGCCGACUCCACCACGCCCCAGCCACAGCUUUCGCCAGUUCCCGGCCGACAUACUCAUACAGAACCGUGGCCGUUAAUUUUGUUUCAGACGGUUGACAGCAGAUCACGGUUGCCAUGGCUCAGCCAACCCAACAGAUGCCUCAGCAGGUAUCUCAGCAGGUGCCUGGCAGGACUUACUCUCCGGCGCAACCAGCACAAACUCAACCUCCCUUUGCGCUUCCGUCCUCCCAAAACUUGGGGACCAAGAGACCGACACAUAUACCACAAUCGCCAGUGCCCGUGCCCUUCUCACCAGGUCCGCAGUCCGGCCCAUCGUCGCCAUAUGCCCAGUCGCCAUCGUAUCCCCACAGUCCAAACAUAGGCACGCCCACGGCAACGUCGCCUUCCUAUGCCGUCAUACAACCCGCCCCUUCUGCACCGCCGGCCCCGCUGCACUCUCCUGCGCCUACGCCCACGCCCACGGCGCCCUCGCCGGCCCCGGCGCAAGCCCAACACCCUCAGCAACAAUAUGGCCGACAAGCUUACACGAAUGGGAACGCGCAGUACGCUCACCCAAACCAACCGCCUACACCGACCAUGAGUGGCCCGUCGACACCAGUUCCGGGCACCCCGGGAACUCCUGGCGCCGCGCAGUAUGUCAAUGCAGGCUUCGCACCGACCGGGGCCCACCAAAAUGCCACCGGCGCAAUGGGUCCGCCACCAGCGAAAGACCGACCGCAACGAACAUACGAAUAUGAAGUGACGGACAGUCUGCUGGGCACAGGAGUUGAUAUUCGUGAGGAGGAGAACGCGCUUGCUGAGUACUAUGCCGGGUCCUUCGGCCAGGACUCAAGGACGGGCUUCCCCGCCAAUGCGCCUGGCAACCGUGGAUCGUUUUAUGGCGCAGGCCCGGGCAACCAACCCGGCGCGCCAACCUCGACUGGCCAGAAGGAAUACGAGGCAGCACUGGCAGAGCAGAGGUGGAACGAAUCGGCAGCUCGUCUGUCGGCAACACGAGCUGCAGAGCACAACAGCCCUUUCCUGCAACUGGCAAAUCUUCACGCUCGAGCAGAGAAGAUUGCUCGGCAAUAUAACUUGGACCUAAACCUAGAUACCAAGACGCAGCCCGUUCAGAAGUCCAGAAACCCAGCCGACUACCCUGUUGCGCCCAAGGUCACUGUAACAACAAAAGAAGGUCCCGACGGUGCUAUGGUGUCAGUUUAUGGGUCAGUAUUGCCUGCAGACAGUUAUUUAAUCGACCAGCUUGCGCUUCUUUCCAUCUCCGCCAAGCAUCGGAUCCGAGAAUUUCUGGAAGACGCGGACCAGAUCGCAACCACGAGACAGCAGACUUCUCAUGGUGCAAUACCCUCUGACUGGGCUGAUUCGGCCGCCCCAUUGGAUAGCGCCGGCCUCCCUGUCAAUGACGGUGACGGGAAGGCUACCGAGAAUGGUGCCAGCGGCAGCACCAAUCCACGCAAGCGCUCCUUUGAUGCAAGCAAUAUUUCAGGCGCGAGCGGAAGGCCGAACGUGCCGGCGACCAACCAUCUGGCCCAAAUCCUCAGGGAGAUGGGCAGGGCAGAGCGAGAGGCCGAGGAGUUGCGUCUCAAGAAGCGUCAGAAGCGGCUGCUCGGAGAUAAUGCGGCAAAUGGAUCCCGGGCAGGCUCAGUAGCGCCUGGGACCCCAGGUUCCACGGCUCCGGAGCCUGAGAAAGCACCAACAAAGAAGGAGCAGAAAAAGAUUGCUGCUCAGAAGCAUGAUGCCUCGGCUGAUAAUGUCAACAAGACAACAAUGAAGUUCCUUGGCGGUGGCAAGAAGAAGUACUCGUGGAUGUCCAUGGGAGCAAACACUCCGAGCACGCCUAACAAGCAGGCGGCCAGCGCUGCGGGGACGCCUGCGUCUGCGGUUGCCUCUGCUUCGGCAUCAAAGGCACCAGAGAACAAAUCAAUGACCUCGGAGGGCCGUUAUAAGCUCGGAAGUUGGCGAGAGUAUAGUGAGAAGGGCAAGGAUAUCCAGCUGAGGGACUGGAUCACUGUCCUGGAACGAGACGGUCGGGAAAGGCUCGCCCUGCAGCAUGCUUACAUGAAGCUUGACUCGUCCGAGCCACGGUAGAGCGACGACUUCAGACUGCUUCCAGUCCAUUUCAGCCCCACUGGCCAAGUCGACAGAGAAGCUGCCCAAUGCUGGGUUUGACGAGGAGUGUGUGAUCGAUCAUCUUGGAUGGCGAUCCACAAUAGCAUCCACACCUCUGGGGGCCGCUGAACGGCAUUCUAAUUUGGCUGCGUAUCGCAGCCUCGAAUUCGGUUGUUUACGAAUCACCCUCCCCUCUUCUGGAUUAUGAGGAGCAACCACGGAAGUGCUAGCACCAAGCGAGCACGAGCAGAAAUGAAGCAGGAUGGUAAAUAUGGACGAGUUGAAGGUGUGCGGAAGCAGCGGAUCAGAAGCAUCUCGCUUCAACGGGAUUAAUACCUCGCAUUGUGUUGAUUUAUGACUUCAGCCUGGCGUUCUAUGAGAGGGCAUCGGUAUGGAGGGAAGGCACGCAUUGAUCCGCUUGGAGAUCACGUAAAAAAGGCUGAUCUUUUACAUCCUGCCCUGGUCUCGGCAAAUCAAGCAAAUACCGCUGGGAGCUAAUCCUCCUGCCGGGCACACACGACUGCGCCCGGGCACGGGCAGAUCAAAGAUAGUUCGAUGUAACAGGCUGGAAUCCAGUGGAUCGGUAGAAAAGUUCAGUGCGGCAGCUGCACUAGGAGAAUACCCAUUCAAUAUCGACAUGAAAACAUGA